AUCCUUUCUUGGUUAUGUGGCCUUGCAUUGUAGAGCUCUAGACUGUGAAGAAAUGGCUUCCAAGGCAGGAGGGAAGAAGCCAAUGGUCAACAAGUCCAUUCCAACACCACAGGUGGCCUCCAAGGCAGCAGGGAAGAAGCCAUUGGCAAACAAAUCCAUUUCAACAGAACAGGUGGUUCCUCUGGCAGAGAAAAAGCUGCCCAUGGUGGAAAGCAGAAAGAAGGGCAGAAAGCAGAAGAAGCUGAGGGAGACAUUCAACUGUUACAUUUAUAGGGUUCUAAAGCAGGUCCAUCCAGAUGUGGGUAUUUCUAGGAAGGCCAUUGGAAUCAUGGACUGUUUUGUGAAUGAUAUCUUUGAUAAACUUGUAGGUGAAGCCAUGAAGCUCUCCAUUCACAGUAAGAAGACAACAAUCAGUGCCAGGGAGAUCCAAACAUCUACAAAACUCAUGCUUCCUGGAGAACUUGCAAAGCAUGCCAUUUCUGAGGGUGUCAAGGCUGUUACCAGGUUCAGCACUGGCUAAUUCUGAGUCUUUGUGUUAAGAAU